AUGCGUCAAGUACUCGCCUCAUUCUGGGGGGAGUUUUGUAUAGCGUAUCUGGAUGAUAUCAUCAUAUUCUCACAUUCGUGGGAGGAACACCUGGUACAUUUAGCCAAAGUUCUCGAAAGGAUCCAAAUCUUUGGUCUCACAUGCAGCCCCGCCAAAUGUCAUUUUGGACACACCAGACUUCCGUAUCUCGGUCAUGUCGUUUCGGCAAACGGAAACGAGGCACAACCAAAACACAUCGAAGCUAUUCAAAAUGCUUCACCUCCAAGAAACCGGAAACAACUAGCUUCCUUCUUAGGGACGUGUAAUUGGCUAAUGGAGUACGUGCACCAUUACUCAGAAUUAACGGCCCCUCUGACGAACCUGUUGUCCGUAAAAAAGCCCUACAAAUGGACGGAAGUGCAUCAGGAGGCUUUUGAAACAGUCAAAGAAGCCUUUAAAGAACCUCCAGCCUUAAGUCGUCCUGACUCACAACUCCCCUACGUACUCCAGAUUGAAACAGGUUCACUUGGUAUGGGAGCUGUCCUGUUCCAAGAAACUCAAACUGGAUCAUCUCGUACGGUAGUGCAAAGUUUCAACCCGUGGAAACCCGUUAUCCUUUAG